AUGAAAGGAAGCAGAGCCGGUCACGUGAAAAAGAGAGACAAUAGAGUCGAUUCGAAGUUAUUAAGAGACUUACAAGCUUCGAACCAAGUAACGAAUGAAAGAGACUACGUGUCAUUAAGAAAUGACCAAGAAACUCAAGAAUUUGGUUGCCAGUACGAUUGCAAAAGGGAUAACUUGAUAUGCACCUGCAAGAACUUAGUCACACUAAAGAAAAAGCAAGAAGUAAGAUAUUUUGAGGUGCCAAAUCAGAUUUAUGCAUACCACAAGUCGAAGAGUUCCACCGAAAUUGGCGUUGGAAGUGUAAAAGCUUUGCAGAAGAAGAAAGUUAGAAAAAUAUAUUUGCCGGAGACAGACGAUAGAGGUGUUGGUAAACAUCGCAAUCGGGACAGGGUAAAACGCAAUGAAAGUAAAGAAACCAUAUCGAAGUGCGUGGGAGGUAUUAUAGAAUACAACAUUAGUUGCGUCAUGAAUGAGAAACUAUCGCCUAUAGUGCUUACUAUAUCUGGCUCAACAUUCAAUAAUGAAUCAAGACCAAGUAGAAAUAUCGAAAUUGGAAAUAAUUCUGUUGUAAAAAAGCUCACAAAAACAACAACACAAUUUGAAGACACAAUCAAAGAAAAUAAACAAGCAGUGAGAAAAGAAGAAGUAACGAAAGAACAACCAAUAUCACAAGUCCAGGGAAAUGUGACAAACAGUCCAGUUAACUCACAUACAGUUAAAGAAAGUAUUAAAGAAAAGUUGAACAACCUAGUAGGAAAGGCUUAUUCCUCUGAUUCAUUAGUUCAACAUGUUCAUAAUCUUGAGGAUCCUAUCGAAGAAAAAACAAGUCAUCACACUGUUGACAUGGAUCCUGUAGCGAGCAAAUUAGAGAAGGAACACAAAAAAAUAACUGCUGAUAAAUCAAAGUCCAGAGAUUCAAAAUCAGCAGCUGACAAAUCGAGAUCUGAUUUAAAAAGCCCUUCUACAUUUAAACGAAGAUUUGAAGCUAUAAGACGAGGUUUAGCUAAAAAGGAAGAAUUAAAAAAGAAUCCUGUUAUGGUCACUAAAGGACCAAGCCAAGAGAGUAUAGCGAGUCAUAAAGAUGUGUCCAUAAACUCGGAUCCACCAUCUUUAGAAGGUCGGUCUUAUUCUAACGCGAGAACAUACAGCCCAUUUCCACAGGUUUACAGCAGAGAUAAAACUACUUACAAUCCUAGGUCCUCUCACUACAGACGGUCUAUGACUAGUAGAAAAGACAGAAGUAGCACCCAUUGGUCAUCCCGAUGUAACGAUGAUAGUGAACACCAAGGAGUAAAGGGCAUGUUCAAACUGUGGGGAAAAAAGGGCAACGUGGAUGAAGAAAACUGCUGCAAACGACGCUGCACUCCGAGACCUUCGUUCACCACAUCGAGGAAAAGAUUUAGCAAAAAAGAAGACCUUAAAAUGUUAAUGAAGUCAGAUAGUGAUAAGAAAGAAAGUAGAAAGUUUUUUUUCUUUAAAAAAAAGAAUAAAAGUAAUAAUAAAGAAAAUACUUAUAAACCUGCCGUUACAAAAGGUAUUACCACCGGACGUUGUGAAGUGAAGGAUGGGUUGGUGAUUAAGAUAUGUGGUGGGGCAAAUACUGCAAAACAGGCAUCAAAUGCACCAGAAGUCAUUGAAGAACAUGGACAAAUUUUUCGGAAAGCUUGGUUGAAAGAGUUCCUCUCGCAAUCAAUUGAACCACGGAACAGCGUCCAAGUUAGAUGGAACAAUAAAAAAUAUGUUCCAAGCAGUAGCACUGUCGUCGAAUUAAUGGACAGUGUUUACAAAGACACAGGACUUGUUUUCAGGUCAAAAAGCCAAGUCACAGUGCAACCAUCGUAUAAAUCUUUUAUGAAACAGCAUGUGAGUUUUGUGAAACAAAAGAUAGAAGCUUGGAUGAUUCCUAGAACAAUCACUGAUAGCCCACAAAUGAUUCCUCUAACACAGAAUGCAGAUGAAAACAAAAAUAACAACAUAGAAGUUAUUAUUUCAGAUCAAAAGUGGUGCAUUGACAAGUCAAAAGCUUUCUCACAUAAAAUAGAAGUUGUAUUGCAUACAGAAAAUUUUACCAAACUUGACAAGGAAAAGAGUUCGGAGUACCUAAGGAUUGAUAUACCAAAAGGAUUCUUUGUAGAUUCUAGCAGUGAUGACACUAAUAAAAAUACAGUGAAUCAGUUUAGUGAUGAAAAGGUUUAUAAAAUUGUUGAAUAUGAGACAGGCAGUGAUUUGAAGAGGGAGAAAAUACAAAGGGGUUCUGAUAUAGGAGAUCAUCAUAAACAGAAUAAUAUAAAGGUGACUGUGAGUGUGAAGGAAGUCAAAGAUGGUGUUUCGAAAGUUCUAGAGCCUCGUAUGUCACAGAUCCGGAGAGAUGUGGUCAUCCAGGGAAGUCAUGUGAAUGUCCCUUUAAAGUGUGAUGUGGUCGGGGUGGGCAUCAUCACGCAAAGAGACCUUAGAGAGAUGCGUAAGCCAAUCUUAAAGAUUCAAGACGACUAUUCCGACUACGAAUCUGACUAUGACGUUCCAAAUAUGAGUAAGAAGUGUGAAAUAGCGGAGAGCUUUCUACAAGACUUCUGUCGUGAUUGGACUCAUUUAGGUAACGAUUCUUGGAGCAUAAGUGACCCUCACAUACGAUACUGCUCUCAAACCAGCUUCCACCACGAACGUCCGAAGUCAAGUCCCAACAUGUAUGAUGAGUUCCAAACGUCAGCUAUUGUGUCCUCGUGCCCAACUUCGGAGUGCAUACAUUGCACUGGACAACACAAGCACUUGGAACAAGACAAAAAAUCAAAGAAAUGCAAAUGGUUCAGGCGAAAGAAAAAGAAACAAAAAAAGGAUAAGAAUGAAGAUCUCCAAAGGGCUAUACCAAAAGAUUCCAUUGAAGUUUGCAAAAGACGGAAGGUGCAUGCAAUGUUGAAAUCGAAAUGGAUCUGUCCUAACCCGGAUUCUGAACGUUCGUACAUGUCAGUACCGAGUUGUGAGAAGGCAAAUCAGCACUUACCGACAGUAGAAUGCCCGAAAAUUAUGAAGUCUUGUUGCAAAACCGUAGAACCAAGACCACGAAAGCGAACUUGCAAGAAGCAUGUGUCGUUACCUGACUGUGAAACUAUGAACGAUUGGUUAGCUAGACAGCUCAAUGCGCCCGAGGGUAUACUGGCAUUCAAAGGCGCUGGCGGUUGUGACCUUUGUAAGAAAAAAGUUUGUCCAAAACAUACGAAAAUUAAUCCGAAUCAAUCUUGUGAGAUCCCACGAGCUCCCCCCUGCAGAGAUUCGUGUGAUCAGUUGAAGAAGCCACCAUGCCCAUCAUCUAGAUCAUCCUCUGAAAGGCGUGAAGGAACUUGUUCUGGCGUGCCUGUAGUGUGUAAAUCCACGCCCUCACCAUGUCCAGGGUUUGACUCACCAUCUCCUUGUCCUCCUUGUCCUCCUACUUCAUGUCCCCCAUGUCCUCCACCUCAGCCACCUUGUGUUCCAUCACCACCGACUUGUCCACCAUCGCCACCGCCUUGUUCCCCAUCACCGCCACCCCCUUGCCCUCCUCCUUGCCCACCACCCCCUUGUCCUCCAACCCCUUGCCCUCAACCACCUUGCAACGGAUCACUUCAUACUCCUAAAAGGUCCCAGAAUUGUACCCCUCCUCCACCUUGUAAACCACCCUCACCACCACCCCCUUGCCCGAGACAGCCUCCUUCACCACCUCCGUGCAAAAAGAUACCAUCAUCGACUCCAUCUCCUUGCAGGAGGCCACCUCCACCAUCUAAAAGGCAACCAAAUUGUUCCAGCAAUUCUUCAGCAAAUACUAGGCCUCCGUGUAAGCAAGGAAGUAAUAGUUAUAACGCUACUAUGUAUAAGAAAUCAUCUCGCUCACCUACGUCAUCAAAUCAUUGUCCACAUAUCCGUAUUGUUACAUGUCCCUCUCCACCCGUGUGUCCUUACUUUUCUCCUCCUCCUUGUCCUAACGCACUACCUUGUCGUCCUUCAACAUGCACCCUGCCACCUUGCCCACCACCACCGUGUCCACCACCGCCAUGUCAACCACCACCCUGCCCACCACCGCCAUGCCCGCCACCACCAUGCCCACCACUGCCAUGCUACUAUCCACCUCCAUGUCCUAACAGUCUUCCGCCAUGCCGACGUCCCUCUGCAUGCUUCCCUCCGCCUUGCCCGCCGCCACCUUGCCCACCGCCACCUUGCCCACCGCCACCUUGCCCACCGCCACCUUGCCCUGGAAGACCACCUCCAUGCUGUUACCCACCACCUUGCCCGCCUCCACCAUGCCCACCGCCACCAUGCCCACCGCCACCAUGCCCACCGCCACCACGAUGCCCUCCACCACCAUGCCCACCGCCACCACGGUGCCCUCCACCUCCAUGCCCUCCACCUCCAUGCCCUCCACCUCCAUGCCCUCCACCACCGCAAUGUCCGCCACCAUGCCCACCACCACCAUGUCCACCACCAAAGAAGCCACCUAAAAAGAAGCCUAUGUGUAUAGGCUCACUCCCAAAUGAAUGUAUCCCGGUACCACAAUGCCCUUCACGUUUAUGUAGAACUAUGCCAUGUCAAACAUCACCUCCUAGUUUUCACAAACGCUCUGCAAAGUGCCCUUAUGAUGUUUGUGACUCGCAAAGCUCUAUCAAACCUGCGCCAGAACCACCGUUCUUCUAUUCUCCGAUUCAUCCCUGUCCCUUAGAACCAGAGAAAACUGAGAAAACAGUAAUACCAUGUGACUCAUCACCUUGUAGCAGGCGUCGACCAGAUUAUAUACCUAAAAUUGAUUGCGAGAAAUCGUCAGUUCCUCCGGUAUACAAAGGGCAGCGAACAUGCGACGACUGUCGUUCGUCGGAUGUUGACGAGUUUCCUUGGCCAACCAAAAACCAGAUUUCGAAUCAACCGUCCCUGGCUUCCCAGUGUAACGCGUCAUCUCAACCAGAAAAAAUUGUGUACGGAAAAUGUAAGAAAGAUUGCCCUAUGAUGCCUAAGCUUUCCUGUGAAACUAUUCCCUCGCCAAAGAAAGAAUGCCCGAGAAGCUGUCCGAACAGGCAGGGCUCGCCACGUCCGCCCUGCAUGCCCAAAAUGCAUUGUCCACAGCCACCACGACCUCCCAAACCCAAACCUCCACCUCCAGUGGAACCAAUAUGCCAUCCAACUAAAUGUAAAAGCAAAUCAAGGAUACCCGGGUUAUUUCUUAAAAUGAAUCCCACUAAGAAAAGUUCUAUGUGUUCCAAAGAUUGUUUGGCUUGGGAAACUACAAAGUACAAAGGAGAGGAGGGCUGUAUAAGUCUCAAUUCCGAAGAAAGAAUUACUAUACGAGUAAAGAAAGACACACCUAGCACACAGGAACUAAGGGACAGUUGUAAUAUCAAAGUACAAGAUGAAGACGGGAUGACGUUGUUUGAAAGAAAGGAUUACCAGCUACAGCGAGCGGGUUGCAGUAUAAAGAGGCCAUCCUUGUUGGGCGACAUGUACAGAGCAUCAGAAGUGCGCAGAGUUACCACAAAUGGCUCAGUUCAAGCCAUGAAGACCGACAAAGAACAUUUAAAAGAAAUAUCAGAAGGUAAAAGUGAUGCUAGUAUAGCAAACCUAAUAGAAAUUCAAUUCAAAUUAAAGGUUACACAAGGAGACAAUACAACAGAAGUUAAUAUAGCCAAUGAUGAAUUUAAAGAAAGUGAAACGGAAGACAAAAUCUCGGAGAAAGAAACAAUGAACCAGACCCCACAAGAAGUUUUUGUAGUUAAAAAUGAAAGCGAACAGAUUGUUAACAAUUGUGAUCAGAAAAACGAUAUAAACAUUCGCAUUGUUAUAAAAAACUUUAAACCUAAACCAGGGAAAAAAAUAAACAUGACACAUUACACGUACAGCAAAGACUUUGCUAAGACGAUAUCUGAAAAAUUCCACACAGUUUCGACAGGGUACAGCGAUAUAGUAUUGCAUGAUGAUAAGGUAUUUUCAAUACAUAGAGCUACUGUGGACCUAACGUCUUCAGUCGAAAAUACUAAAACUCAGAGUCAUAAAAGUGAUGAAGGUAUGGGCGAAUCAGUGGAAACGGAUGGAAAGAAAUUGGCAGGAUUAUCUGAAUCUUCUGUAUGUAGAUGCAUUGCAACAGAUCUGUCCGACGGAAAGAGCGAAAGAAUGAAAUCACUACCGAACCAAAGGUUUAGUGGCAGUAAAGAAAAUCAAGAAUAUUCAGAAGAGCUUGAUCCGGAUGACCACAAGUCUGACUACACUGAGUCUUAUUCUGAUACAGGGAAACCAUCCAAAUAUGAUACAGAGGAUUCAGAUACUGAUAAACAAAUAGAACCCACUGAGUAUGAACCUGAGACAGACAUUGAAAAACGAGGUGAGCAAAAGUAUGACACAUUUAUGUCUACCGACAUCGAUGAGCCAGACGAGACAGUUGAUACAAAACAAUCAAUAAAUAGUCUAGAUGUGAUCGCUAAACUCUACACGAAAGAGGAAAAGAAAGUAUUACUGAAACAAAUAUUGGAAAAAGCGCAAGAAAAUAAGCCUGAGAAUAAAGCCAGAAUGAAGAAACUAAAAAACAUUCUUAAAGUUAUACUAACAUCCGACAGCAGUGAACAAGAUAACCCAAAUCAGCCGAGCAAAGAAAUACCGAACGACGGCAAUUACGCGUCCUUAAAACCGAAUUACUUUCGAGACAACGACAGUAUGAACAACUACUAUACAGUAGACAGUAACACAAUGUUUUCCGAAAUGAAUAAUAGUAAAGCGCUUCACCCAACAGCCGAACACAACAGCGAAUGCAGUAAUAGUGACAGUGCAGUUUCAAUGACAUCUCAAACCGAAUGUAGACAAGGCGGUUGUAUGUGCAGUACAAUAGCUGCUAAAUUGAAAAUGGCGUCAAGAAUAGCUGAAGAAGGAUGUUGCUGCACUAAACGAAGCGUCAAGAGAAACGAAGAAAUCACAUGUGACAUCAAACCCGAUUCAGAUUUUCAUUACGCUACACCAGAGUUUAUGGACGUAGAAACACAAAGGUCGACUUAUCUUACGAGCAAGAUAAAUAGCACAAAUCUGUCGGUACACAGCAGGAGUCUAAAACCCAGUCUAGCAGGUAGCAUUGUUUUGAAAGACUCAAGGCUUGAUUCAGGACUUAUUAACGAGAAAACAUGUUCCCAAAUGAAUUACAUCAGGGAAUGUGAGAUGAAAACUUUUAAACACCCAAUUCAAACAGAUAACAUUGUAUUGGUGA